GUUAAGACCAAACAGUAGUAGCAACUAGCAAAGGCAGCUCAGCUCAAGUUUAGAGUGAGAGGUGAGAGCUCAGCGGCGCGCCAUGGCGGCAUCUCGGCUUGCGCUCCUCCUCCUCGUCCUCGCCGUCGCCGCGGCGCGCCACGCGCUCCCGGCGGCGGGGAGCGACGCGCACCCGGGGUACGACGGCGCGGAGGACACCUGCGGGGUCCCGGCGGCGGCGGCGGCGGCGGGGAGGAUGGAGGAGUACGGCGGCGGGCGGAUCCUGGACAUCACCCACGCGUACCGGGCGGACCUGCCGGCGUUCGCGCCGGGGGCGGUGACGGGGCCGGUGGUGCGGCUCAGGGACUCCAUGGCGAACGGGACGCUCUACAACCUGUCGGAGCUCAAGAUGGAGUGCCACAUGGGCACCCACGUCGACGCGCCGGGCCACAUGAACCAGGGCCACUUCGCCGCCGGCCUCGACGUCGACAAGCUCGACCUCGACCUCCUCAACGGUCCUACAUUAUUGGUUGAUACUCCAAGAAACACAAAUAUAACAGCUAAAGCAAUGGAGUCGUUAAAUAUACCAAAAGGUGUUCGUCGAGUUCUUUUCAGGACAUUGAACACAGAUAGGAAGCUCAUGUGGAAGAAGGGAGGUGAUCUGAGUUAUGUCGGAUUCACAGAAGAUGGCGCACAGUGGUUAGUUGACAACACUGACAUCAAGCUAGUUGGUAUUGACUAUCUAUCAGUUGCAGCAUAUGAUCACUUGAUCACUGCCCAUGUGGUCUUUUUCAAAUUCCCGAAUAUCAUCCUAGUCGAAGGCCUGAAGCUAGACGAUGUCAAGGCUGGAAUCUACAUGCUGCAUUGCUUACCUCUGAGGCUGGUUGGAUCCGAGGGCUCACCAAUCAGGUGCAUCCUGAUCAAGUGAUUGCUUCAUCACUGCUCCUGAUAAUGGCGACACUGCAGAUCAUGCCAUCUGAUGCUGCUACAUCCUGGCUGAGGCCUUGAGAGUGCCAAGGCCAGCUCAGUAGAAAAACAAUAAUAAGUGUAAACGUAUAUAUAUCGUUUGUUUGAUCAGUAAUAAUUCAAUAAAGCACUUAAAGUAAUUUUUCAUGUAAAAAUGCAGCAGAUAUUAGGAAUGUGGUGAAAGAAACUGACAGACUAGUAAUCCCUUUGUUCUCAAAUACGAGGCGUAUUAGCUUUUUA